UUAUAACGUGAGGAAGGGGCACAAUGUGGAGACAUCUCACCUCACUUGCAGCAGUCCGUUUCUGUCGCUCUGUAUCAGUCGGCUGUCUGCGGUACAUUUGGAGCGGAAUAACAUCUUCAGAAAUCACUAUCAACAAAAGAGUGUCUGCUUGCCAACGUUAGAAACUGCUGAGACGAUCCACCGGGUGAUGUGACAGCGACGACCACCUGUUCUCACUAAAACGAUGAAGAUGAGGAUCCUGGGGCCAGGGAGGUUCUGUGUUCUGCUGGGUGUGUCCCUCCAACUGUUGCUGUUGCUACCAGACACCUCCUCUACCGCUGCAACCUGGAGACAGAGUGGACCCCGUCUGCAGCUCUCACACACAGAGUUGCAUGGGAGGAACAGUUCCAGUGUGUUCUGGGACCGGGGUGUGAGUGGGGGUUACCAGGCCCUGCUGCUGGAUGAGGACCGUGGCUGGCUGCUGGUGGGAGGAAGAGACCACGUCUACCUGCUGCACUCUAACAGUCUGGCUCUACCUACACGCACGAUCUACUGGCCAGCUGCGACGGAACACGUUGAGCACUGCAGGCUGGCAGGGAAGAACCUGUCGACUGACUGCGCCAACUACGUGCGUCUCCUCCAGCCCUUCAAUAAGACUCAUGUGUACGUCUGUGGCACCGGGGCAUACCACCCACAAUGCACCUACAUAGACCUGGGACGCAGCAUUGAGGAGCCAUCGUUCCACCUGCUGAGCCAUGCUGUGGAGUCUGGACGGGGGAAAUGCCCCUUUAGUCCACGGGAACCCUUCACCGCCAGGCUCACUGAUGGAGAUUUGUAUGCCGGGACAUCAGUGGAUUUCAUGGGCACCAACACAGCUAUAUUCCGUACCUCUGUGCACAGCAGCAAACAACACUAUAUACGAACUGAGGCCUACCAGGACCACUGGCUCAAUGAGCCAGAGUUUGUGGGUUCCUUCUCUAUCCCAGACACACACAGUGUGGACGAUGACAAAGUCUAUAUCUUCUUCAAGGAGACAGCUGUAGAGUCCAGCCAGUGGGACAAGAGGGUUUACAACAGAGUGGCACGCGUCUGCAAGAAUGACGUUGGAGGGAAGAGGAGUCUGAUUAACCGUUGGAGUACGUUCCUCAAGGCCCGUCUGGUGUGUUCUGUACCAGGACCUGCUGGACUGGACACACAAUUUGACGAGCUAGAGGAUGUCUUCAUGCUGGAGACCAAAGACUCCCAGAACCCCAUCAUCUAUGGAGUGUUCUCCACCUCCAGUUCUGUAUUCAGAGGGUCAGCAGUGUGUGUCUACUCCAUGGCCUCUAUCAGGGCAGCCUUCAACGGUCCGUUCGCCCAUAAGGAAGGGCCCGACUACCGCUGGGUGGAGUACAAGGGGAGGAUCCCAUAUCCACGACCUGGCACUUGUCCCAGUGUGACCUACGACCCCCUCCACAAGUCUACGCGUGACUUCCCUGAUGACGUAGUGAGUUUCAUGAGGGGUCAUCAUCUGAUGUGGGAACCCAUCCUACCCGUCACCCGCCGCCCGGUCUUUACCCUUGUCAACGUAUCUUACACCCUACGAAAGUUGGUGGUGGAUAGGGUGGACGCUGCGGAUGGCCAGUAUGAUGUACUACACCUGGGCACAGAUGAUGGCCAGGUGCUGAAAGUGGUGUCUGUUCCUAAAGAGAACAGGGAGCCUGAGGAGAUCAUUCUGGAGCAGCUGACUGUGUUUCAGAAUCACGCCCCUAUCCUUAGCAUGGAGCUGUCUACCAAACUGCAACAGCUGUAUGUGAGCAGUGAUGAAGGAGUGGCCCAGUUACCCCUGCAGCGGUGUGAGCUGUACGGUAGAGACUGUGCUGACUGCUGUCUGGCCAGAGACCCUUACUGUGUCUGGGACGGGAACACAUGCAACCGGUACUUCCCCAGCAACAAGCGGCGAGCUCGACGCCAGGAUGUGAAACAUGGGGAUUCAAUGAGCCAGUGUCACAAUGCAGAAGAUGGUUCUGAGUCGGUGGAGCUGAAGGUGAUCUAUGGGGUGCAGAGCAGCUCAACCUUCCUGGAGUGUAUGCCCAGAUCCCAACAGGCUACAGUCAAGUGGACAGUUCAGCCGUCACACGCUCGCACUAGCAGAGAGCUGCUCCAGAGUGAGGAUCGUAUGGUCCACAUGAAACGGGGUCUCCUGGUGCAGCGACUGGAGCCAGGGGACGCUGGCCUCUACAGCUGUACCACCCUGGAGCACUCCUUCUCCCAGGUCCAGGCCCGCUACAACCUCCAGGUUAUACCCCAGCAGAGCAUGACAGCAUCCCAGGCCAGGGCAUCUGAUCCUGGGGCCGGAGGGGCAGGGCUGAGGGGGGGCCCUGGAGGUCCUGGGAGCCACACCCAGAGACACACCAAGCUCCUCAGGAACUAUAAGGACCUGCACAUGGUGGGCAUGGCUAGCAUGAGCGCAAACGAGUACUGUGAGCAGCUGUGGUACCGGGAGAAGAAGAAGCUACGCCAGUUGAAGUGGAAACAGAGCCAGGUGGACAACGGCAAGGCCAGGGUACGACGGCAUGACUCCACCCCACUACAAUGACCGGCUGGGGAUGGGGAUGGACAGAGACGUUGGCUGAGUCCAAGUUCUCCACGUUUCUCCUGAUAUGUGCACUUGCACACUUUCACGCAUGGAUUUAAAAAUGGUAUAAAAACUCCCUCCAGCCAGUGCUUACACUGAGCCUAUGCCUUGAAAUCCAUGACAGGUAGUGUGCAAGUGCACACUUCUGUAAAAAGGGUGGAGAAUCAGAAAGUAACUUUGGAUAUAAAGAGAAUGUAUGUGCAUACAGUAAUACAGCCUUUAUUUGAACAGACAAAACAUUAAGAACGCCUUCCUAAUAUUGAGUUGUACCCCCCCCUAUUUUCCCCUCAGAACAGCCUCAAUUCAUCAGGGCAUGGACUACAAGGUGUUG